UUUCAAAUCAUGUAACCGUACAUCCUCCAUUCCCCUGUUUUACUCCAACUCAAAACACAAAACCCUUCAUUUUUCUCCAAAAACACCCAAAAUUAUCAUCUGGGUUUUUAGUAUCCUUCAUUUUCAUCAAAUUGUACCCUUCAGUUUUUAAGAUUAGUUCUUCAAAUUUCAACAUGACUGCUGAGGUUUCAUCAGUUGAAGAAACCCAGAAAGAAGAGGUUUUAAUUUCUGAAAAAGAUGCUAAAUUGGUCAAUGAAGAAGAACCCCAAAAAGUUGAGGAAAAUACCCAAAAUGUAGAUGAUAAUACUCCUAAGCCAAAUUUGGUUGAAAAGAGCUCUUCUUAUAGGGAGGAGAGUAAUUACCUCUCUGACCUUAAAGACGGCGAAAGGAAGGCCUUAUCCGACCUCAAAUCGAAACUCGAAGAAGCCAUUUCAGCAAAUUCCUUAUUUAAUUCUGAGGGGAAGAAAGCCGAUAACCCGGCCGAGGAAUCGAGCAAACAAGAGACAGGAGAGGAAAAGAUCGAAGGAGAUUAUGAGAGUAAUAUUUCCAUUUGGGGUGUACCUUUAUUGCCUAGUAAAGGCUCAGAAGGUACUGAUGUAAUUUUAUUGAAAUUUUUAAGGGCUAGAGAAUUUAAGGUCAAUGAUACAUAUGAAAUGAUCAAGAAAACCCUUGUUUGGAGGAAAGAUUUCAAGAUUCAAUCCAUUUUAGGGGAGAAUUUAGGGGAGGAUCUUGCGAAUGCGGCUUAUAUGAAUGGUAAAGACCGCGAAAAUCACCCGGUUUGUUACAAUAUUUUUGGGGUGUUUGGUAAUCAAGAGUUGUAUCAGAAGACUUUUGGGAGUGAGGAAAAGAGUGAGCAGUUUUUAAGGUCAAGGAUUCAGUUUAUGGAGAAAAGUAUCGAAAAGCUCGAUUUUAGGCCGGGGGGUGUUACAUCAAUUCUUCAAGUUUAUGACCUUAAGAAUUGUCCUGGACCUUUUAAGAAGGAAAUUAGAACUGCUACUUCUAAGGCUGUUGGACUUCUUCAGGAUAAUUACCCUGAAUUGGUUGCUAGAAAUGUAUUUAUUAAUGUGCCAUUUUGGUACUAUGCUUUUUACUCCCUUAUUUCACCUUUCUUGACUCAAAGAAGUAAGAGCAAGUUUGUUGUUGCUAGGCCAGCUAAAGUUACUGAGACACUUCUUAAGUACAUCCCAUUUGAUGAAAUUCCAAUUCAGUACGGUGGCUUCAACCGCGAAAAUGAUAUUGAAUUCAAUUCGGAAGAGGGUGUAGUUACAGAAAUUUGCUUGAAACCUGGAUCAACAGAAAUAAUUGAAAUCCCAGCAGAAAAUGCUGGUGCAACAUUGAUAUGGGACUUGGCUGUAUUGGGAUGGGAAGUGAGUUACAAGGAGGAAUUUAUUCCAACAGAUGAAGGGUCUUACACCAUUAUAAUCCAGAAGGAGAAGAAGAUGGAUUCGAUCGAAGAGCCGGUUCGAAAUUCAUUCAGAAACAAUGAGCCUGGGAAGGUUGUGCUUACUGUCAAGAACAAUUCCAAGAAGAAGAAGCGCGCCUUUUACCGAUACAACAAUCAGAAGAGUUGUUCUGCUUGAGAAAUUUAAGGACUGAUAUGGGGUGUUUGUUUAUAUGCUUAAUUUAUUAUGUUGAUUUGUGGUUGUUUGUUUAGUAGAAAUUCUUUUUAGGUUGCUUAAGGCUCAUUCUUUUUGUUAAGUGACAUUUGUUGUUAUUUAUUGGGAUGGUUAAUUCAAUUCUUUUAUCCAAAUUAAAUUGUGGAUCCUUAUUCUCCGA